UUCUCGCGUCAUCACGCCUGUCAUCGCGGUGUUUGUGCCGACAUUUCGUGCAGUCGUAGCAGCAGCUUGCAGAAGGGAGAAGAAAAGACCCGCGUUCAUGAGUUAAACCUCAGUGUGUUUGUUGACAAAUUUCUCGGUUUCAGUAUCCUGCAGAAAACCUCUGUCUGUUACAGUGAAACUAUACACACAGCUUAGUUGCAUUGGUUUUAGGGCUGUUGUUUAGCAGUCAGUAUGGCGGUAGUCAUCAGACUGCAGGGUCUGCCCAUAGUGGCUGGCACCAUGGACAUCAGGCACUUCUUCUCUGGCCUCACCAUUCCUGAUGGGGGAGUGCACAUCGUGGGGGGUGAACAUGGUGAGGCUUUCAUCGUCUUCGCCACAGAUGAGGAUGCACGGCUGGGCAUGAUGCGAACAGGUGGGUCCAUUAAGGGCUCCAAAGUGUCGCUGUUGCUUAGCAGCAAGACAGAAAUGCAGAAUAUGAUUGAACUCAGUCGCCGGAGAUUUGAGGCUGGGGCAGGGGCUGUGGAGAUUGCUGCACCUACAGCAGGAAAUGCCAGUCGUCAAGCAAGUGCUGCCCCUAUACCCACAGUACAGUCUGGGGCAGGGGGGAGAAGCGGUAGCCAUGGAAAUCAGGGUUUUGGUAACACCCCGACUGCAGUGACGGCAGCAAGCUCAUCUCAGGAGCCACCAAAUAACAAAGCUGCAACCAGCUUGGCCAGCGUGGUGCCCAGCUUCCCCAACAGUUACAGUUCUGCUCCCACAAUCACCACAGCACUGGCAUCUCUUAAUGCAGGACCCCCACCCAUCCCUCCACUUCCCAGCAUGCCUUCCAUGCCUCCUAUGCCCACACUCCCUACUAUACCAGUUCCUCCUCCAGUCUCCUCCCUUCCUCCUGUUCCUACUGUUUCGCCACUGUCCCAUGGACCUCCAGUGCCUCCUAUGUCACACCUUCCGCACAUGUCCUCUCUACCUCCCUUCAACCCUUCCCUACCUCCCCCAGCUGGACUAGGCUCGGGCCUUCCUCUUGGGACACCCAACCAUAUGUUGUUUAACCCUCUUUCUCCUCUGGCUUCACUUGGCCUUCAAGCCCACAUGAAGGCGGCUGCUGCCGUAGCCACUGGGGGAGGAGCUGGCAAUCCUGAUGAGUUGUUUGUUCUGCUGCAAAACCUCCCAUUUUCAUGCUCAGAGAUGGAAGUCAGGGAAUUUUUUCGGGGUCUGGGGGUUGAUGCUGUUCGCCUGAUGAGGGAUGGACAGGGGCGGCCAACUGGUAGAGCUAUGGUCAAGUUCUUCUCACCCCAGGAGAGCUUUGAAGCAGUGAAGCGUGGAGGUGGCAUGAUGGGCCAAAGAUUCAUUGAGAUCACCCCUGGCUCUGAGCGUCAGUGGGCCAGCCUCAAUGAUGGGUUGGCAGGCCAUGCUCCUCACAACAGCAGCAAAUCAAAUAGCAGUAAUGAGUCACAAGAUCUGCAGCACCGCCGUGGUAAUGUAGAGGCAGGAGGCAGAGAUCAACGAGCAAGGUCGCGAUCUCCCCACCGACAGGAGUUCUGUGUGUACCUAAAGGGCCUUCCUUAUGAGGCAGACAAAAAACAGAUUAAGGAGUUCUUUAAGAAUUUGGACAUUGUAGAAGACAGUAUCUACAUUGCCUAUGGCCCCAAUGGACGAGCCACAGGAGAGGGAUUUCUUGAAUUCAAAUCGGAACAGGACUACAAGGGAGCUCUAGGUGCUCACAUGCAGUAUAUGGGCAGCCGGUUUAUUCAGGUUCACCCAAUCAGCCGUAAGGGAAUGCUAGAAAAGAUUGAUGCCAUCCGCAAGCGUGAAGCAGCACAGGGUGAUGGCAAGAACCAGGAUGGCUUAAAAACGCCCAGAAAUUGCGCCCACAUUACCAACAUACCUUACAACAUCUCCAAGAAGGAUGUUCGAGCCUUUCUGGAGGGUGUGGGUAUCUAUGAGGACACCCUGAAGGUCCUGACAGAUAGCCAUGGCAACGGUUUAGGACAAGCCAUCUUCCAACUGCGAACUGAAGAAGAUGCUCGCAAAGCUGAAAGACUGCACCGUCAAAAGCUCAAUGGACGGGAUGCCUUUGUCCAUCUUGUGACCUUUGAUCAGAUGAAAGAAAUUGAAAGAAAUCCUCCACCCCAAAAUAAGAGGGGCCAACGCAACCAGAACCAGCAGAACCAAAACCACCACCAACAAGCCCAAACAAUUCCCCAGCAACCCCAAAUCAAUCCAUUUGCUGGGAUUAGUGGUGAGGAGUUUAACUUUCUCAGAAACACUAUGGGGAACCUCAACAGCCCCCCAUUUGUGACUCCAUUUUCAGCUCCAGGAAAUGGGCUAGCAGGCCCUCCUCCUCUCCCACCACUGGCUGCGGGAUUGGGAGAUGUUAAUUUGGGCGUGGCUCCCCCACUAGUUGCAGGCCUUCCUGGAGCGCCAAUCUUGGAGCCACCUGGCUUUCGUAGUGGAGCUGCAGGAGGGGGUCCAUUCAGCCAGGAUGGGCUGAGAGGCUUGGUACCCUUUGACAAUGCCAACAGAAAAGGAGGUGUGGGAGGACAGAACCGAGGGGGAGGGGCCAACAACAACCAGGGGCGUCCAGGUGGUGGAGCGGUGAGUGCACAGCCAGUGUUCACUCCAGGGGCAGAGGGUCUCCGCAACCAGCCAGCCCCCGCAGGAUCCAAUAAUCCUAGCAGUCAGCGUGGCGCUGCUGGCCCAACAAUUGUAAAGCUGCAGAACAUGCCAUUCACCGUGACAGUGGAUGAAAUCAUGGAUUUCUUUUACGGUUACCAGGUGCUGCCUGGCUCAGUCUGCUUACAGUUUAAUGAGAAAGGCCUGCCAACUGGAGAGGCCAUGGUGGCCUUUCAGAGCCACGAGGAGGCCACUGCUGCAGUUAUGGACCUCAAUGAUCGACCUAUUGGAGCACGCAAGGUCAAGAUAAGCCUUGGUUAAAGCCCCUACACUGACUGUAGUUAAAAUUACCUGGAUUAAGUCAAGUUGAAACAAAGCCAGCCUAAACCAUACCAGAUUUUGGACACAGUUCAGACCUUGCCCUGUGCUGUGACUGUCCCUUUGUGUAGAUAUUGGCAGGUAAGCCAGAUCCCCUGCAGUCUGUGCAGUAGAAAACUAUGACUUUGCUCUUUUCUGCAGCUCCUCCACUGACUUUGAUAGCACAGUAUCAUGAUUAAUAUUGCUGUGAUUGUAAUGAUGAUGAUGCUUAUGAUGAUGAUGGGAGGAUUUUGGUCCUUUUGUUUUCAAGCUGUUAAUGACAUCACAGCUUAUUUCCAAAUCAUGUCAACUCAUGAUGCAGCGAACACACUCAACUGUUUUAGGUUUUUCUGUGUGUCUUUUUUGUUGUUUUUUUGCUAUGCUAAUAUUGCUGUAUAUGCUUAAAUAUGCUGCGCUGCUGUGGUUCGAUAUUAACAUGCUCUGUUGCUGUAAUUCUCCACAUUCCUUGUUGCUGUGGUGAAAUCAUGAUUUUAAAAAAGCUAUGUUGCAAUGAUCAAAUGUUGCUUUGGUGAAAUGUUGACAUGCCCCUUUGCUGUGGAAAACGUAUUACUGACUUGAAGUUUUGUGGCCAUUGUAAAAGAAAGACACUUGCUAUAGUAAAUGUUGUCUCAAAUCUGUGUUGCAACAGUCCUCUGUUGAUACGUGGAGUGUGUGGGAUGGACAGAUUGCUGACUUCAGUUUUAUUUUGUAAAAAGGGGCUGCUGAACUUCUUUAAUUUUUCACAUUUUUUUAUCAUCUCGCUGUGUUUGAACAAUGCCACCCUUUUUCCACAGCACUUGCUCAGUAGAUGUUUGGAUUGUAGAGCGCUAAGAUGAAGUCUGUAGUGUUUUUAGUUUGGUAGCUUUUUGUUGUUUCAAAAUUGUUUUGGAUAUUUUCUUCUUUAAGCUUAUGUUUGUUUCUCUCUAUUGUCAGUGUGAAAAACUUGUAUGAACGUAUAACCCUAUAUGAUGUGGAGUCCUCUUUACUUUAGCUAAUAAAAGGAUGUUCCUCACCUGCGAUGAGCUCUUUCUGACUGCUCUUCACUGUCUGAUGAUGGAAAUUGACUGAAUAUGAGUUAUUUUUGUAGAAGCAGAAUGGAAGACUCGUUUGGACUUGUUUCCAAUACAGGUGACCUUUAAUAUCGACAUCUUCAACUCAAUAUGAAUAGGCGUUAUUAUGGGAAAGAACUUGAACCUAUAUAGUUAUCCGUUCUCUUUUACACAGUAGAGAGAUUUUGUGUUUGGGGGGAGGAGGCGUACAUGUAAUGGUUUUAUUUUCUCUGGAGUUGGAAGACAAUGUAAAAAAAAACAAAGGCACAAUUUAAAAAGGCUGACGUGAAAGUUUUGCUGUUUGAAACAGUCAGAAUAAGAUGACUGAAUCAAUUGAAAUGCUUUAGUUUAAACAUUUUUUUAACCAUCAGUUGCACACAGAGGUUUGACUAUACUGUCACAGUAAAUCUCUUUCUGUGGUUAACACUAGACUUUUAACAAAACAAGAUCAUAGCAACAAAAAAAGGACAUCAAGAAUUCCUGAAACAAAAUAAAACAAAGGUGCUCUUUUGUGCUUAUAACUAUAAAAGUUGUAAAAUAAAACAUUUGAUGACCUCAAAUUACAGAAACAAAAGUCUAGAUAGUGAGUAUAAAAACGACUGACCAAGAACAGUCGCAGGUCUCACAGUUACCUUUUACGGUAAUAGCUCUAUGGCAUGUUUUGCGAAUUACAGCAUUGUUUAGCUAGCGAGUCUCAUUCCCUCGCUUGUCUGAAACUCCCGCUGUCACCAUGUUUUUCCAUCCAUCCAUCCAUUCGCUUCCGCUUAUCCUUUUCAGGGUCGCGGGGGGCGCUGGAGCCUAUCCCAGCUGUCAUAGGGCGAGAGGCAGGGUACACCCUGGACAGGUCGCCAGUCUGUCGCAGGGCUCAUGUUUUUCCCAGUCUGGUAAUAUACUCCCUACCCCCCCGGCCAGGUGGGUUGGCUGCGGGGGGAAUUACAUGCAGAAUAUUGCCAUGGUAAUUUAUACUAGAUGAUUAUGUUAAGGCCAUUUUAACUAUUGUAUGUGGAAAAAGUCAUCAUACAUAGUAUAGUAUAUUUGAUAUAUCCCCCAACCCUACAUGAAACUACCACUACUAUGACAGCAAAGACCCAGUAACUGAGUUAAGUUAAGUAAACAAUGGGGUUUUUUUCCAGUCCCUAGAAUACUUGGUUGAAAACUAUUUUUAACCACUUCUGCUGUGAUGCUAAAAGGGAAGCUGACUCCCAAGAAAAUUUUCAUUGGCGUUUUUAAAAUAAUUGUUUAGCAACAAACCUCUGGAGAACUGUCUAGCAUGUUACAGGUGAAUUGCGCUACAGUUACUACUACUACACUUUCAGCUGUUUUUUUGUUGUUUGUUAGGAAUUUAGUUAAAUGCUUUCUUAGUGGAAUUGUUUAUGAAGAGCCUAUACAUUCUUGCACAGUUAUAGAACUAAAGCACAUUGUGUGUACAUUGUAGCUGCAGAAAAUAGCUGUAGCUUUUUGUGAAAAUUUAGGCUUCCCUUAGAAAUAUGAUGGGACAUGAAGGCAGAACUUCACUAACCCUUUGUGCCUCAGCAGUAUUCAUGUUGUCUAAUUCUCCACACAAAAUAGAGCUCAUAAUUAAAUUCAUCCUGAAACCAAGAGUUAAAUAAUAGCUGACAGAGUAAAACAAACACUAGUCAUAUAUGAACAAGAGGUUUAUGAUAUUCUAUGACAGCCUUUGCUGUUCACUGAACUCUUCUCUGAGCAAAUUCAAACCAAUUUGUGGAAGAUCAUUUAUCCCAAAUUACAGGACAGUUUUCAACCAAAUCGUCAAAGUUUUGAUUUGUCACCUCAGCUGCUCUCAUUUUUGUCGAUGUGCUUUAUUUAUUUUUUAUUUGCUGCAAACUUAAAAUAAAGCCUUUGGAUGUAUUAUCAACUCUGUUGUACUGAGUAGAGGUAGUGGAGAGCAUCAGUGGAGGUAGUUUUGUCUGAAGAGGAGUCGUCUGCUAUCUGGAUAUGGUUAACCUCCAAGCAGGUACAACAGCGUUCAACAAUAUGUGCAUGCAUUGCUGAACUUUGUGUGAAACUGUGGGAGAUAAGCAGGCUGUAAUAAAGAGAACUGAAGCACUGUCUUUAAAAAAUGGUUGCUGGGAAAGAUGACUGUGUCUUUGUUGUGAAGCUGGUGUGUGGAGUGAAGAGAAAAUGCAGUGCAAAUUAAAGAGAAAAAAAGAAUUUCUGACAAUUGGUCUGCAAAGGAUGCAUGUCUGUGCAGUACCUGUGUUUUGGUGGGUGAGUGUGAGGCAGGGGUAAAAAUUAUCCCAGCGUGACUGCUACUGAGCUGUCAAUCAUUCAGCUGCUUUCCACCCUCCUGAUAAAUAGACAUCCAGAAGGCAGAUCUUGCAGGUGAGUGAAAUUUAAAGCACAUGAGGAAUUUCACAUAGUUUAUCAACAAUACCCUGAAAAGUGCUGGUGCUGCCUGUAGAGCACCAAUAUCAUUAAUCCUAGAUUAGUUUUCAAGGCCAUAAUUGUUCAAUGAUUCAAAAAAAUGGAGCAGGUGGCAGGCCUACAGCCUUGAAUCACUAGAUUGUCUAAAUUGCCCAAUGUUUGGAAGGCAAUACAUACUUAUGAGUGAUGGUAGCUAUUAGAUGGCUCCUAGCCUGUAUAAACUCCUUGGAAGGUAGUAGAGGGGUUUUUUGUAGCCUGUAAAUGGUAGUCUGUAGGCGAGUUAAACCUAUGGAUGUCAAGCUGUAGAUAACUUGUGGUAGAUUGAGCUCUUUUAAGAUUUUAUAGGCACAGGCUCAGGGAGUGGCAGCCAUCUGCAAACCUGACCCUGGGUCUGCUGAAGGUUUCUUCCUGUUAAAAUAGUUUUUCUUCUCUCUCUUGGCAAGGGCUUGCUCAUAGCAGGAGUUUUCUUUGUAUUAUUGUUUUACAACAUAAAACUCCUUGAGGAAACAUCUGUUGUGAUAUCAAUAAAUUUACACUUGCAUAAAUAAAACACUAUAUGGCUAAAACUGAAUUGAUUCAAAGGUAAAGGCUGGCAGUUAAGUGGUGAAUAGUAGUUUGUGGAUGGUAGCCUAUGUAGCAUUUCAUUUGUAGAUGGCAACUAGUACAAGGUAGCAUGUGGAUAGGAAGUAAUUUUUGGUGGAUAGUAGCCUAUAUAUGGUAACCUUUUGAUCAUAAGAGCACUGGAAGGCAGCUGGUAGCAUUUAGACUUUAAGUUAUAGGAAGUGUAUGGUAUGUAAUAGCUUUCUAAAAGGGUACCUAUAGAAGGUAAAUCAUGCCUAGCAAUGCCCUGUGGAUAGAAGUCUAUAUAGUACUUACUAUGUAACGGAGGAAGAAUAGAACAUGAUUUCAGGUAAAUGGUAGUGUUUUGGCAAGCUUUUGGUAAGCUGUUGAUGAUUAUAUAGGGUUGAUGGUGCCCUCUAGAUUAUAUUGUUUUGGAUAGUAGUAGCCUGUGGAUGGAACAACGGCUUACAAAUGGUAGCCAAUAUAGUGACUUAUGGAUAGAAAGUGGUUGCUGUUAAAUGGCUGAAAAUGGUUAACUUUUGAUGGCUUUUUAAGGUGGAUGCCGUUCUAUAGAAUAUGCUAUGUCAAUGGUAGAUAGAGGAAUGUGUAUAAUAACAUAGUGUUUGAUUUUUGGUACAGUACAAAUGUAGAUGGUUGCCUGUGGACAGAAAGUAAGUGCUGGUUGACAAUAUUCUGUCAAAGGUAGAUAGUAUACUGUCAAAGGUAGUCUGUGGUUAGUAAGUGAUUGUUGGUAGCCAAUAGAUUACAGGUGUCCAACUCCAGGGUCGGUGCAGGUUUUAAAUGUGUCCUUGAUCCAUCACAGCUGAUUUUAAUGGCUAAAUUACCUCCCUAACAUGUCUCGAAGUGCUCCAGAAGCCUGGUAAUGAACUUAUCAUUUGAAUCAGGUGUGUUGAAACAGGGUGACAUCGAAAACCUGCAGGACACUGGCACUCGAGGCCUGGAGUUCAACACCCUUGCAAUAGAUGGUGCAGAAGGUGGGCUAUGUAAACUGUGGUUGGUUGUAAAAGGUAAAGGGUAUUGCUGAUGCCAGAGGCUUCUGGCCAGUAACCAACACAUGAUAGAUGUGGAUUGAAUGUGAUUGUUAGAUGAUGGUGCUCUGCAGAUAGCAUUGUCUAGAUGGCAAAUAGUGCUCUGUGAAUGGUAUUCUAUUAGUAACAGUUUCCUGUUGGAGGCCUAUAUAUGGUGUAGAAGGUAGAUGUAUGCGUUGGAAUACAAAUUGAGCCACGGCAAUAUAUAGAUGGUCAUGUAUAGACAUUACAGAAUAUUUUACCUGUUGUUCAUAGUUAGCAACUGGUAGAUGGGUUUUUAUAUGCAAUUUAUAUAAUAUAUAGCGGUAUUAGAUGGCAGAGAUUGGAAGACUGGCAUUUUCUGAUAAAGUUGCCGCCUAUUUAGCAUUAUUUUGGUAAUGAUUUGAAAAUCAGUUGAAAAUAAAUGACUAGUAACAUUAACCCAAAUAUACAAUAGUUUUACAACAUAAAAUAAUUUAAAAAAAAUGUAAACACAUGCAGCUAAAUAAAUGCAAAAUUCACAAAAUAAUUGUAGGUAGGCAACCUGACCUAGUGAUGUUGGAUGAACAAAUAAGUAAUU